AAUAAUUAGUGAUUUUGUACUAUUACUUUUACUAUACUAAUAUACACGAUGAGACUUAAUACACAUUCAAUUGCUGUAAUCGAUUGAAUUCUCUGCUCGCUAUCUUUGCGCCCUGCUCACCUAUCAAAAAUGUUACAUGUGAAAGCAACAACAAAGUUAUCUAGUUGAAUUCGUGCAGGAGAGUAUGCGGAUACCUUAUUAACAUUUCUUUCGCCGCUUGCUGAGUGCUGUCAACAUUUUUUUUACAUAUGAAGACACAAUGGUAUAAAAUUCUCAAAGGACAAAUUUUAGACAAAAAAAAAUUUAAUUGAUUAAAUAAAAGUUAAGGUAUAGACGCAGUUCGAAACAAAGUGUAAAAAAAAUAAUUUUGUGCAGAUUUAAGUAUUUCUCCACCUAAGAAAAUGGUGGAGCACUAUUAUUGCGCUUGAUUAAGGGGACAUUUUAGCGAAGGCUUGCACCAUAGAUGCUGCCUGUCUGUUUGAAAUACAUGAUAGUGCCUUCUAUAGGCUCCAUAACGCUUAGCCAAUCGAUGACAGCUAAUAUUUCUUUAUUUAUGGUCAAAGCAGAAUGUUUUCACUAACAUUGAAUCUUUGUUAUCCUACCUAAUGUGGGAUUCUACAAAGUUCUAUUUCGACUCCAAAAAGCUGGUAGAUUUUUUUUCAAAAUUCGAUGUUAAAAUAUCUUUUGAGACAUUCCAUUGUGUGAUUUUCAGAAAUAUUUCAACUACUUCUUACUCGAACCCUGUCAUGUAUAGCUUACAAUUAAAAUAAAUUUAACUUACCACUUCUCCUGCUUCGCUCCACUGUGCCUACUCUCUGUAAGUUGAUUUCAAUUGCGCGUUAGCCUUUCCGCUGCUGUCACUCUCGCAGACAUUGCGACGCUAUAUUUACACAGCAACAACAUUUUACCAACUCGCAUGUGCUUUAUUGGGAGCACGUCAAGUGCCAAGUAAAUAUAUUCAAGUUGUACACGGAUUGACUUCACUUACAACAUAAAAAAAAGUAAAUUAAUCGUUGUGAGAGCAGCGGAAGAGGGCAACCGCAAAAGAACACACAAGCACUCCAUAAGCAUAGCAAUGUAAAUAUGGAUUAAAAGCAUGAUAACGCCAAUUGCCUUGCUUAUCAGCAUAAAGAACUGAGGAAUGCAAACGCAAAAGCGGCUAAAAAAAGCGCAAAACCGCAGCGCAGAAAGUGAAAGAGUUAAGACGAAACCGGUGCGCCAACACCGGCACAUUUGCGCUCACGUCAACGACUUGAGAGCGCGCGAGCGCCAAGUGUGUGAAGCAAAGCGAGUGCCUUGAGUGUAGUAGCGCGAGCGCCAACUGUGUGGUAGCGCGAGCGUAUUGGCGCUUGGAGCGCGCACUACUACUAAAUGGGUGUGUAAAAGCGAGGCGAAAGCAGUACGAAGAGACCGAGUCAUGUGGACGGUGGACACAUAAAGCGCAAGUACGCUACAUCAAUGGCAGGCAAACAGACAACACAACAGCUAAUUGAAUUAAUCCCAUGAAUGAGCGACGCUGCGGCAGACACAGCAAAGCAAAGCAGAUAGCAGCAGCAGCAAUAACAACAACAAGUGCUAGCGUAAAAUUACAGGUGUUAGCCGAAAAACAAAAUCGCAUAGUGUGUGGCAAAAGCAGCAGCAACAGCGGUGGUGGCGGCGGCGACGCGGUCUUUACACGACCUUUCGCUUGUGUGUGUGUGUGUGAGUUUGCGCGCAUACAUACAUACGUACAUAUAACGCGCGCCGACUUGGCAGCCUGAAAUAUUAAAUAAAAAAUAUUUUUUUCGCAUAUUUUGUUUGCAGUUGAGCAGCAGACCACCAACUAAAGCGCCAGCGCGCCACUAAGAAGUGUAUAGCGAAUAAAAAAGAAAAAAAAUAAUAAAAAAAUAAAAGCAGCGCGCAUUUUGUUUUCAUUUGCAUUAAAAAGCUGAUAAAAACGAAGUACACAGCGCCAGCUAAUAAUAUAAGGCGACUUAAGACGACGCAGAGCGCAAGAAAGCGUGCUUUUCAAAGUGAUUUACGCGUGUAUACGUAAUAACGCGCAGCGCGCAACGGCGUAGUGACAAACAACACCAACGACUACUGCGACCACCGACGACCGCGACCGAAAGGCACGUCGUUGUUAGUAGUUAAGUGGGCGCGCUUAGACGGUACAUACCAACAGUUAGUUACAGCAGUGACAGCAGACGCAACGGCAACUGUUGCGUGCGCUACAACCAAGAAACGCCGCAGCAUUACAACGAGUCGUCAGUGCGUAAGCGACACACACGUAACGCUACUCCUAUAGACCAUUUUACAAAUAGUUAGUGCAACGGUAAAAUGUGUCGUUGCUGCCAGAGCUGCUGGGAGGACUUCAAGUGGAACUGCUUCGAGGAGAGAUUCUGCUACGAUGAGUCAAUUGCGAACUACAAUCCCGAAGAGGAUGUGGACUACUUGUCAAUGCAGAAGAAUGGCAGUGCCCUCAGUCACAUACAAUUGUCAGAUAACAACAAUUUAUCAGUGCCUAUCUGUAAUCAACCAAUGCGACGUAACGCUUCCGGCAUUUUGAGCAAUGCAAAGAUACAUGAAGAAGACUACCGCCAAACACAAACGAACGUGCCAAUGUUGGGUCCCGAAAUAUUGGCCGUUUUUGCGAAUUCACAAAUCUUCCAAGAUCAUCAACCGACCAAAAUGACACGUAUCAGCACGAAGACUUUCCUCGCCGGCAUACAUUCACCCAAUAAGGAGGUGCCGACAACGCCACGUGAAACCGAACAGGAUCGUUUACUGCGACGUUUGGAAGGUAAUAACAACAACAACAACAACAGCAAAACCGACAAUGCCACGCCAAACGACAAACGUACACCCGAAAAUAUUGCGCCCGCCAGCGCCAACACCAUUACGAAGACACCAACUUCGAGCGAUGCACCCGAUUCGGCAACAGAUAAACGCAUAACUUUCACCAUAACCACCGAUUCAUCACCGGAGGGCAGCCAAACAUUGACACCGAAAAAAUUCGAUGUGAUUGCCGAAGAAGAAUUGCCCGCUGAUGCCGGCCAAACUAAACGCGACACUGACGAAGUGAUACUCCGUCCACCGCGUUUCCUCGAACGUCAGACGCAUUUGUUGACCACCAGUUCGGGCAUAACGACACCGCACAAGCUCAAACGCAGCGCCACGAGCGUGCCGCAUUUCAAUGUGCGCAGCGCCGCCAGCGAAACGGACAUCUUCUCGAUAACCGGUUCCGGUUCACGCAUCAGCAUGACACCCGAAGUGCCAUCCAUAUCAUUCAGCAAUUUACCGAAGAAUUACGAAGACACACCGACCAUCGAGAAGUAUCGCGUCUCGCAGAGUUUGUACGCGCUACAAACAGCAAAUGCGGCACGCGCCAAUCAAGAGGAUUACUCCAUGCCGCGCUAUUUCCGACGCUCGGCAGCCAUGCUGCAGACGCAGAGCAGUGAAGUGCUAUCGACAGUGCCCUCAACAGCGACAUCGACAAAUUCAAUGACAUCAUCCAAUGAGGGUAUACAUCGACCGGAGAAGAUGAAGAGUAAGCGUUUGCAAAUGUUGCGUGGCAACUUACCGCCAUUGUUGAUACACUCGGUGUCGUUCCGCAAGAAUAAGGAGGAGGGCAAGCAGCUGGAUUAGUAGACGGUCAAGGACAGUGUGGUUUAGGAAUGCACGAUUGGAGUGUGGCCAUUUCUCUAUGUACUUAAGUGCACGCAAAUGUAUGUAAAAUUUAAAACGUGGUACAGUGAAGCUUCGCGAACACGUACGUUGUAAAUUUUUUAAAAUUUCUAAAAUUUUUAAGAGUUGAUAGAUUUUUUCAUUAUUAUUGGUGAAUAGUCGCAUUCCAUACAUGAGCAUAUCAGGCAUAACUGAUGAAAAAAUUAUAAAAAAUUUAAACAAAAAUAAACGAAUUGAAUACGAAGCAGCGGGUAAAGCAUUUACGUAUGUAUAUUUGUAUAAGAUUUCAAAAAAUUCUUAGAAAAAUCCCUUGAACCUUACAAAAUUUCUUCAAACAUUCCUACGAAUUAUUAGUUAUCAAAAAGCGGUUGAGAUUAACAGUAAACAAUAUAUGAAAUAUUUAUUCUUUGCUUGUUUUCGAAAAUACAUAUGUAUUUAGUUUUCGAAUGCAUUUAGUGUUAAGCAUUUAAAACAUGUAUGAAAUAUGAACUUUCCAAAAAAAAUUUUAAAUUUUCAAAAAUUUAAAAAAAAGUAAAACUUUAGAAAAAUAUGAGUAUAUAAACGGGGAAAAAAAUUAUCAUUUAUUUUUUUUUACUUUUUUUUUAAUUUUUUCUUAUGUUAAAGAAGCUUCACUGUACUUCAAUAUUGAGCGCAGCUAACAAUUUAUUAUUAAAAGUUAAAUUCUAAUAUUUUUAUUAUUUUUAUUUGAUAUUAUACAUCUUAAAUUAAAGUAGUUCAAUUAAGUGUGGUUGUACUGUACUGCACAAUGAAGCAGCUUAAAAUUAAAUUAAUUGAUAUUAGUUUUAUAUUUUUGGUAGAAAAUAUGGCCAGUGAACUAAAAGAAUGUUAUUGAAGUUACAUUGUCUGGCACAAAGUUAAGCGCAAGUUUAAUAAAUGAAUUAUUAUAAUUUUAAAAUUUUUCUUUUUUUUUUUAAUUACUAGUAGUGAAAAUUAAGAUAAAAAUAUUUUAAAUAGUUUUCAUGGCUGCUAAAUAUGAAAUUCAAUGUUUAAAACGUUUUUAUAAAUAUUGUUCGUGUUAGCGAGGUACCACUGUACUAUAAAAAAAAAAAAACAAAAAAUCAUAAUUUUAACAUCUUAAAUGCACAAAUCAUUGAGAGAACUGCUUAAAAUAAAAUUAAAUAAAAUAACAGUACAUGUUAGCGAAGCUUCACUGUACCAUAAAAUUAAAAAAAUGAAUCUUCUUUACUGCAAGAAUUAUUUAAAAAAAACAGCUAAAUAUAAAGUUUAAUAAAUAAAGCCUUAGUACACGUUAGCGAAGCUUCACUGUACUAUACAUAAAAUAUAAACAACAUAUGACACCUUAAGGAGUUAAGUGGGUUUCGAAAUUUUCAAAUUUAAACAAAAAAAUUUUGUCUUAUUAAUAUGUGCAAUAUGUUGAAAAUAUCCAAAAAUAUCAAAUCAAUCCGAGUGAUAUUCUAAAAGAUAUACCUUUUGGAAUUUCCGCACAUCCGGCCACGUCAGUACCAGAAUGUCAAACUUUAAGCGCAUUUAUCUCAAAACUCAAUUUUUCAAUAGCUCAAAAGGUCAAGUUUCUAGUUAUGAACGAAGGCUUUUUAUAUUUUUUUCUUAUAACGAGUCAAUAUAUUACAAAAAUUUGACCCAAAAAAUUAGUGUUUUGUUCAAAAAUCUGUCAAAAAUGCGAAUUUCAAUAUUUUAUUUUUUCCUUUGUUCAUUUACUCUCGAAAUAUUUUUGAUUUAUUGAAUUUCGAUGAAUCUAUCAUGAGUAAUGAUAUUCACAGCAAGACCUUUUUUUUGGACACGUCAUAGAAGAUGUGGUGCCAACGGCUGAGUUUACGGAAUUUAAAAAAAAAUAUCACAAAAUACUGUUAAACAAGUGCCUUUGACAUGCUGAAUUGUUUAAAUGAAAUAUAUGCUUGUAUAUACUUAUUAAAAAAUUAAAAUAUAUAUAUAUAAAAAUAUAAAAAUAAUGUUUUUAACCUCCGAAACCCACCUAACCCCUUGAACAUGGCAGCUGCUCAAAAUCCAUAUUAAAAAAAAAUAUCUUACAUUAAUAUUUCUAUACAUAUAAUGCCCAGUAACCGCAUUAGCGCCGCUCUACUGUACUCAAUACUGCAAGCAGCACAAAUUAUAAAUUAUAUUUAAUAAAAAAAAACCCUUAAAUAUGUACAUACAUUUAUUUUGAUAUUUUACGAUAUUCCAGUAUUUGUUAAUUGCAUCUAUUUACACAAAUCCACUUACAAAUACAUACAUACACAUGUAUAUAUCUAUUAGAUAUGUGCAUUUGUUUAUAAAUAAUUUUAUUAUAUAUUUAUUGUUGCAAAGAAAGGAAGUAUACGAACUAUGCGUUAUUGUAUUUUACCGUUAAUCUUUAGAAAGUGAUUUAAGUUGAAUGAAUUAAUUAAAUUCAUACAUACAUAUAUAUUACAUAUAAAAAAAAUAAAUAAAGAAAUGAUUGUAAUGUAAUUUAAUUACAAUAAA